CUCUCUGUCAGGACAAGUUACCCAAAUAUAACGUAAAAUAACCUCCAAUAACCGCUCGCACAGCCGCGAAACCAGCCUUUAAAACGCCUAUAAGCUUCUCUUGAAGCAGAAACCGCAGCCUAAUGUAGUCAGUGUGAUGGCAUUUCUUUAUAAUUCAAAAAAACUUUCACACCAAACACCCACUCACGUCGUGUGUGAGGAUGCUGAUGCUGUUUGGUCAACAAGCUAGCAUCAGCAGCUACGCCUACGGGCAAGCUGCUGUUAGCCUCCACUAGCUUGACAUAUUUUUUCUUCUCUUUUUACACAAACAAGCGAUGGCACGUUGUGUGUGGACUUCACGAGUAAUCAUGUUGUCCUGCAUAUAGCCAGCGACGUCCCCCAUUAACGUAAAAAAACUCGACGCACCGACAUAUCAAAGUUUUGUGUGAUCAUGGAUCCGACCUGCAGUGUGUCUGCAGCUCCAGCUGGUUUAACUGUGCAGGUGUGUUUCCCUGGUGCCCGUGCUGCUGUUCUGGACAAUCUGAACCGCCAGCGGGAGGAGGGCAGGCUGUGCGACCUCUCCAUUCAGGUGCAAGGUCAAGUGUUCAGAGCCCACCGCUGUGUGCUUGCUGCGUCCUCACCUUACUUCCACGACCAGGUGUUACUGAAGAAUGUUACAACUGUUUCCCUGCCCUCAGUUAUGGACCCGCUGGCGUUUGAGAGCGUCCUGAGCUCUGCCUACACAGGUCAGCUGAGCAUCGUGCAUGAUGACAUUGUCAACUACGUCACUGUGGCCAGUUUCCUUCAGAUGUGGCACAUUGUGGACAAGUGCACUGAGAUCUUGAAGAGGCCCCGGCCCUCAGUAGAAGUCAGCCCCGGAGAGGCUGCUGCGUCUCACCAGGGCACAGCGUCUCGACAGCAGUCCCCGAGCAGCACAGACUGCUUAAACCUGGAAAGGGAGGGGAGGAGGAGGGAGAGGAAGCCCGAUGCCUUGCCUCCCUUAGCCACAUGGAGACGCCCGCAGCAGUUCCCUAGAUGGGGUCGCCCGCGGCCGUCAUCAGCCCAGCACUUAGCGGACACUCAACUCGACACGCUCCCCAGCUAUACGGAGAGUGAUUACACCAGCUGUGAGGAGGCAUGGGUAUCAAGCCAUGCAAAAACUAGCCACUUUGCACAUGAUGGACCCGGAUACAAUAGCCGGCACCACGGGGGGUUUCCCAGCGGCGAGGCAUUAAAGCAGAAAGUCAGGUUUCCCCAGCGGGGGGCACCGCCGAGCGCUGAUAGGCUGCUUGAUAAGAACAGAGUGAGCGGGGACAGUGAUGAGACACAAGAGAAGAGGAAGAAUGAGAAGACAGAGAUUGAGGCAGAUGAAGGAGUAGGAGAAGAGGCGGUGGAGAAGAAGGAAAGCUUUGCACAAAUGGGACGCUGUGACUUCCACCCAGUUUCAAAUGAGAAUGCGGAAGCCGGACAAGUCACAGGGAAGACCAGUGCGGACGUGAUAAAGGAAAAAGCGCAGAGAGAUUUGGUAGGAGGUGACCACCCGUCAGACCUGCCCAGCGUUCAUGCCUGCCAAACAGGCGAAGCGGUUCUGGGCCCAUCCUGUCCGGUUUCAGCCCGGCAGCAGUGGCAGUCAGGUCCCUGGUCUCAGCAAGAGCAGAGGCCGCUGGAAGGAGAGGGCGGGAACUGCAGUAAAGACGAGGAUGAGGAUGAGGAGGAAGAGGAUGUGGAUUUUGAAUGUUUCACAGAAGGGACCUUUAGCAGAGACACGUAUGAUGAGAUUGAAGAUGGCACGGGACAGGUUUCCCAGAGGCCUUUAGUACCUGUGUCUCCAGACUUCACCAUAGCGGGUUCGGAGGUGCACUGGCCCUCCACCAGUGUGGCACAGGGUGGCUCAUUGACCCCCACCUCCAGUCGCCACUUGUCCCCCUCCUCUGCUGCUUUCCCACCACCCUCCUCACCCCCAACCCCGUCUUCAUCAUCCUCAGUCUCCCUCGCUGGCGCCCCCUACACAGGAAAAGUCCACUUCUGCCACUGCGGCAAAGCCUACACCCUGAAGAGCAUGCGUGACCGGCACGUGAAGAUGCAGCACCUCAACCUCCGCCCUUUUGGCUGUCCCGUUUGCACAAAGUCCUUCAAAAUGAAGCACCAUCUAACCAAGCACCUUAAAACCCACGGAGGGCUGCGGCCCUACGAGUGCGGCCUGUGUGGGAAGAAAGUCAUUUGGAGGGACAGCUUCCUCAGGCAUCAAGCUCGGUGUGAAAGACUCGCCUCCAGCUCCUCAGCUAACAGCAACAACGCAAGCACAGCAGCAGCGGAAAUGGAUGACAGCUACAGUUAUGGAUUUGACGAAGGCGAAGCUUUUCUCACAACAGGAGGACAGGUGAAAGUGGAGGAGGUGGAUUUUCAUGGGGAGAUGGAGGACGGAAUGGGAGGGCUGUUGGGCAGUGUGUCUGGGAUUGUGGAUGAGCUAAGAACUCAGUCACAAAAUUUGGAUACGGGUAGUCAGGUUUUUAAAGAGGAGGCGAGUGAGAGCUUCAGUGGAAAUUAAAUAGUAAUGCGAAACAGGUUUAUGGCAUUUAAAGUGUAUGUACAUAAAUACAUACAAGAAGGACAGUGAAUCACAAGAUGACUUUAAAAGUCUACGGACACAAAUCAUUGAAGGCUUCUUUAAGGAGCCGCUUUUGUUUGGAUCUUUUUAUAUGUGCAUCCUUCUCAUGUCAUGGGUAUUUUAAAAAGCGGAACAAUCAUAUACUUCAUUCAAGUGAUCCUUUCAUUCGUGCAGUGUCAUGUAGACUCAGUUUUCAUUUAGUGAUGCUGUAACUGUACAUCUGUAACAAGCAAUGCUGUGAAUGUAUUUCUUGAGCCCAAAUAAAGUUAAUUUGCAUUUUGCACAUAAAUUAUUUGCCAUUGACCUCCAUUAGAAAAUAGAUACAAGGGUGUAAAAAAUGUUUUCUGUGCCAUACUGAUAGAAGAAAAAAAUCUUGGUAUAUAUGGUAAUAAAAACAGUUUGGAUGUUCAAUUGUGGAAUGUUGUGAUUCAUUCUAGAACACCGAGGCUUAAUCUAGAACACUGUGGGUCAUUCUAGAACAGAACACUGUGGCUCAGUCUAGUAGGUCAUUCUAGAACACUGAGGCUUAUUCUGGAACACUGCGGCUCAUUUUAGUGGGCCAUUUUAUGCUAGGACACUGAGAAAUAUUCUAAAUUAUCAAGGAUCAUUCUAGAACAGUUUGGCUCGUACCAGAACCUACCGGCUCAUUUCAGAGCAGUUGCAGUUUGCAGCGCAGUCGUGGAGCACCAGAGGUCUCUCUUGCUCAACUCUGCAGCAUCUCUGUCCACAUGAUUAAGGUGUGCAUAGAGGUCCGCUCUGUGUUUGAAGAAACCAGCCUUCACAUAUCAUAAAAAGACUCUGAUAGAUGGCGAGCUGAUGAAUGGGACAUUCAAUGUAUUCAGGUGCAUUCAGGGGCAUGGCCUAUAGCAAUUUCCAUUUCAGUGGUAAACAUGAGGUCUUGGUAAUCAAAGAGCGUCUCCACAAAGAAAGACAAUAAGGAAGAAAGGGAUUCCAUAUGCCACUGUACAUGUAACCACUCAGAUCAAAAGUUUGUUGGUAUGAACAGUUUUCUCUCUUAUAGUGAUGAGGGCUGCUGUAAAUCACAUCAGAAUUAUGUACAGUACUUUUUGUUGAGCGUGUGAGCUUGUAUCUUAUCAGAGGAACGCUCUGUAUGGCCACAAUCAGUCUAAACAUCAAACAUGCUGAAAGGCUCAGUGUAUAUUUAGCCCUUCAUGUGAAAACUAAAAUGUGUAGAGCAUAGGAAAAUUACCUUUCACCUUCCUUUGUAUGACGCACAUUUCAGCCAUUGAGCCAAUUAUCGCAGGAACAUUGCAUACAAGCGAUGUGAAGCUCUGUGUUAAUUGUGGUAUUAGGGCCAGCUGCCCUUGAAAAGUUGUAUCUAUGCAUUAUUUCUAAUGAUGAGAAACACUGUUUUUCCCACCUCUGACUAUUGACUGGGGAGGCAAAUGAGGAUGACUCAUCCUUGCUUGGUAUUCAGUUAAAUGUAGGACAAAAUGUGCAGCUUGAUGUAGCUGAUUUCAUGUUUUCUCAGUCUGUGGAGCAGUUUUGAAUCGGGAUUAUUGUCUCAGAUAGAUGAUUGGCCUCCAGAGGAUAUUUUAAGUUUAUAGUUAUGGAGCAUUGGUUGAGUUGGGGGCUAAUGCAGUACUUCAGUAAUUUAGCCUCCCUCCUUUAUCGUCAUGAUUACAAACAUCAGGGUACUGUAGGGUAAACACCUGCUCAACAAGAGGAAAAAAUACCCACCUACCACUGCUGUGUUUCCAUUUCUUUAUUUCUACAUGGACACAAUUCAACCUUGAAUUAUCCAAGGAGUCAAGUUUACCACAGGAAAACCAUUUGUGAUCCAAAAGUUGUUAUGUCCAUGUUGAAUAAUAGAAUUGGAAAUGAGACAGCAACGUGUUUGUGUGUUUGCUGUCUUUUUGUUACCUAGCAGCCGCACAGAAUUUAUGGAUGUGCACAUCCUGAUGAUUGUUACCUGACAUAGAACACUUGGAUCAAAUGUAGUAAUAACUGAGGUUUCAUUGUACUUUUUGUUGUUGGAGGAACAGUUUGACAUUUUAGGAGAUAUACUGGCACAUAAACUCCCCGUAAAACAGAACACUUAUGUUUUUACACUUCAGUUUUUGCACAGAUUGAGCACAUAUAAUGACAUAUAAUGUGUUAUUAGUGCACUCUCAAGCUGCUAUUAAGCAGAUAUUUUACCUUUUGACAGUUAAGCUAUCAGUUUCCCUGUUUCUUGUCUUUAGCUACUCUGCAAGAAAGCAAAUAAGAAUAUUUCCCCCCAAAAUGUCAAACUAUUGGAGUUUUUUAAAUGUUUGUCGUACUGUGCUGCUGAGGAAACCCAUGAAGCAUGAAAAUAUUAGACGAGAGAAUUGACAGAUUUUAAAACAUUCAGUAACUCUGACAAAGUGUUUAUUUUCAGUUAAGCUGAACAUUAAAAAACAGGAGUUUUACAUGAAGAGGAAACACAACACUCAGUUUGCUAUGUAUCAGUUCUUAUUCCUGUAGCACCACCACAUGUCAGCGAAAACCACACCUUUACAGUGCUUUUGACUUUACAGUUAAAGUGAACAUACAAACAGGUCAUGUACAAAUGAGAGUGGCAGUGUAAUUUAUUAUGAACAAAAUAAAAAUGACAAUUACGCGUCAGAACAUUUGGAAAUCAACAUACUGUCCUUCAUACUCCUCGUGCCAUCUGGCUGCUUCCGCCUUAUACCACUGAACCACUUACGAUCUGACCAUCAGUUAACACCUUAAACCUUUUGUCUGUCGUCUUUUAAAUAAAACACAAACAACAUUAAAACUUCAAACUUAAUUUAAGAUGCAAACAGAUAACUAACAAUAAA